UAGUCAGACCACCGCACACCACGCAGGAUCAAUCAGUCUUGUGAGUGCGAGUGCUCGCUGGCCGCGGUUAACACCGUGGACCGGACCGGCGUGUCUCCUCCUGGAGCCCAGGGGCUCGGGGAAGCCGAGGCCGCCCCGGGCGGCAGAGUUGAGAAAGUCAUUUAGGAGCGCAGUUUGACUCUGGGCCACCCGCGGGGGAGCUCCGGCGCGGCAGGACCCCACCCCGCGGAGUGGCAGGGGGCGGAGCUGGGCGAUGGGGCGUGGCCUGUCCAGGGGAGGGGCGUGGCCGGCCUGGGAAGACGGAAGCCCCCGCCUAGGGGUGGCGGCAGAACCCGGAUCCCGGAGCGUCCAGUUCUCCGGAGCGGGGCUUCUGGAGACGGCGGGCGAGAAAACCCGGCGCCCGGAAGCCUUUGCUUUCUUUGACGCAAGGGCUCGGGACGCAGCCGCCUUCGGCCGAGCGCCCAGCGAGGAGCGACCCCAGACGGAGCCUUAGGAGUCCGUCCGCCCCCACCUCGCCCGGACCCCGAGCCUCGGUCCUCCUCGCCGCUCUCCUCGUGGCCAUGGAGUGUCCGCACCUCAGCUCCAGCGUCUGCAUCGCUCCGGACUCAGCCAAGUUCCCCAACGGCUCCCCGUCGUCGUGGUGCUGCAGCGUGUGCCGAUCCAACAAAAGCCCCUGGGUCUGUUUGACUUGUUCAAGUGUCCACUGUGGAAGGUAUGUGAAUGGCCAUGCAAAGAAGCAUUAUGAAGAUGCACAAGUACCCUUAACCAACCAUAAGAAAUCAGAAAAACAAGAUAAAGCUCAGCACACAGUGUGUAUGGAUUGUAGUAGCUACAGUACAUACUGUUAUCGCUGUGAUGAUUUUGUGGUUAAUGACACCAAGCUGGGACUGGUACAGAAAGUCAGAGAACACUUGCAGAACUUGGAAAACUCAGCUUUCACAGCUGACAGGCAUAGGAAAAGAAAACUUUUGGAAAACUCAUCACUAAACAGCAAGUUACUAAAAGUAAAUGGAAGCACCACUGCCAUUUGUGCCACAGGCCUUCGGAAUUUGGGGAACACGUGUUUUAUGAAUGCCAUCCUUCAGUCACUCAGUAACAUUGAACAGUUUUGCUGUUAUUUCAAAGAACUGCCCGCUGUGGAGUUAAGGAAUGGGAAGACGGCAGGAAGGCGAACAUACCACACCAGGAGCCAAGGGGAUAACAACGUGUCUUUGGUGGAAGAGUUUAGAAAGACACUCUGUGCUUUAUGGCAAGGUAGCCAAACUGCAUUUAGCCCAGAGUCCUUAUUUUAUGUUGUUUGGAAGAUUAUGCCAAAUUUUAGGGGCUAUCAGCAGCAGGAUGCCCAUGAAUUCAUGCGCUACCUUUUGGACCACCUGCACUUGGAACUCCAGGGCGGUUUCAAUGGUGUUUCCUGCUCACCAAUUCUGCAGGAGAAUUCUACCCUGUCUGCAAGUAACAAAUGUUGCAUAAAUGGAGCAUCUACAGUUGUCACGGCUAUAUUUGGAGGCAUUCUCCAAAAUGAGGUUAACUGCCUUAUAUGUGGGACAGAAUCUAGAAAGUUUGAUCCAUUCCUAGACCUUUCAUUAGAUAUUCCAAGUCAAUUCAGAAAUAAGCGCUCUAAGAAUCAAGAAAAUGGACCAGUUUGUUCAUUACGAGAUUGUCUUCGCAGUUUUACCGACCUAGAAGAGCUUGAUGAGACAGAGUUAUAUAUGUGCCACAAAUGCAAAAAGAAACAAAAGUCCACUAAAAAGUUUUGGAUUCAAAAACUACCCAAGGUGCUAUGCUUACAUUUGAAAAGAUUUCAUUGGACAGCAUAUUUAAGAAACAAAGUUGACACAUACGUAGAGUUUCCACUGAGAGGUCUAGACAUGAAAUGCUACUUACUAGAGCCUGAGAACAGUGGCCCUGAGAACUGCCUGUACGACCUCGCCGCUGUGGUGGUGCACCAUGGUUCCGGGGUGGGUUCUGGACAUUACACAGCAUAUGCAACUCACGAAGGCCGCUGGUUCCAUUUCAAUGACAGCACUGUGACGCUGACGGAGGAAGACACCGUGGUGAAGGCCAAGGCCUACAUCCUUUUCUACGCGGAGCGCCAGGCCAGAGCUGGGCCGGAUAAACUUUAAUACCUCCUCUCAAUCGUUACUCGUCAACUAUGCCGGACAAACAUUUCCAAUUUUCCGUAAAUACUUGAUCCAAGAUUUAAUUUCAUUAUGCACUUUUCAAUUUCCUAUUUGGGGUUUAGUUUUAUUUUGUCAAUGGUAGUGAACAUGGGCACCAACUAAUUUUUUUUUUUUUAGUUCUACCAGAAAACCUCAGCAGAUAUUUUGAUUUGCUGCUUUAGUGGUAAUAAUUCAAUUUUUAUAUGUGGUUCCAAGAACUUAGUUCUAUUGGACGUUUUUAUAUUAAUGUUUCAGUUCUCACUUUGAGGCACAUUUACAUCAAUGCUUCGUUGCUCUCACAUGCUGACAGUAAGGCAUGUUCCUGAUGGGAGAGCACUGCGGCUGCCUGCUGCUCUGCACAGCUGUGCCGGAGUCCAGGCUGACUCUGAAUCAGGAAUCGCGUGCGUGUGUGGUCUGGCCCAUGAGGUUUCAGUGACUGCUCAGGAACCAUCCGUUCUGCUUGUAAAGGUAACGGCAUCACGAAGUAGACCAGGGAACGGAGCUCUUGUCUUUCUCAAGGCUGCUGUUCAUCAGCACGAACUAAAUAACUUUGUUGGUUCAGUGAUAUCUGUACUGCAAAUUCAAGAAUUACUCUGUUGGUUUUUAGGUUUUGAGGUAUAUUUUUAAUGUGUGUUUUCAUGGAGAAGAUAGGAGUACAGAAAAGACCAAAUGCAUUUAGUGUUUAAAAAAUCCUCUGACUCAGCUACAUGGUUUUGGUGCUCCCGGUGAGAUGCGAACAUGGCUUUGUUUGCAUCAGCAUCUGUUCCCCCAUUCACUGUAGCCCUGGGGAUAACUGCAUGCUCACUGUGGUCUUACUUCGCCUAACUCCAGAGUUUAUUUUGACCACCUACUUCUCAGGUAACACUGUGGGCCCUGCUUCUACAGAAGGAAAUGAGUCUUUAUGGCCCUAUUUCAUUGGCCUAUCCAACUUAGCAGAGCAAGUUGAAAGUAUUCUCACUUUGAAUAAGUAGUUUCUAUCUCUUAGUAGUCUCUCUAAAUUUUCAGGAAAAAUUGGUACAAGCACUAUUCAAAUUUAACCCAAAUUGAAAUUUGGAACUAGAAUCCCAUGUUAAAUCCCACAUUCCCUCAGAGCAGAUCAUAUCCACUAAACCAGUGGUUCUCAACCUUCCUAAGGCCGCGACCCUUUAAUACAGUUCCUCAUGUUGUGGUGACCCCCAAUUUCAUUGUUACAAAUUGAACAUAAUUAAAGCAUAGUGAUUAAUCACAAAAACAAUAUAUAAUUAUAUAUGUGUUUUCCGAUGGUCUUAGGCGACCCCUGUGAAAGGGUCGUUCGACCCCCAAAGGGGUCGCGACCCACAGGUUGAAAACUGCUGCACUAAACACUUCUUUUUUUAAAAAAAUCUAAUUGGCUUUAUUCAACAAUUUGUGAAUCAGGUAGCAUCCCACCAAGUAAAUAGAAAGGUGCUCCCAUCCGCUAACACUUCAGCAUGACCAGGAGCAAACGGAGAUCAUGUCUAACCCUGACCUACCCAGGACAGUGGUCAUAAGCCACACAUUUAACUAAAGUUAAAGAACGCAGUUCUUCAGUCACUCCAGCACGUGGCAUGGGACUGCGCAGACCAAGACGUUCCAUCAUUUGUAGUUUUCUCGGACGGUGCUGGUCUAAGUUUUCACUCCAGAGAAAAAAAGCUUUGCCGUCAUGUUUAGGUCUUACAACUUAGUCUAGAAGAUAAUUAAGAGGAACAUAUUUAAAAUAGUUCACAAUGCUAAAUUACACUAUGUGAACCAUGUGAAAUUGUUUUUGAUCUACAAAAAUUAGUUUCACUUAAUUUGAUCUAACAUAUCAAUACCUUAAUUUAACACCACUCUGAUCUUGCUGAGCAUCUCUGAUGAACCCAGGCUUUUCUACUGUAGAAGGUGCACAGCUGUAACUUCUAGCAUCCGCACGCAGGUCGGGAGUCUCCCAGUGGGCAGCUGCCAUUGCUUCAGCAGUAAAGCCUUGGGCAGUGUUGAUGGUGAUGGGGAAGAGCUGUAUUUUUAUACCAGAUGGAAUCUAGCAGCAGACUGGAUUACAACAGACCACUUGUUGGGGGAAGUGGUCCUCAGACAGGCUGGCACUCUUGGCUCAAAAGAUGCACACAUCUCUUUUGAAUUGCUGUAGUAUUUUUAUUGCUUGAUUUUACUUGAGCAGAACUGUUUGAAUAUCAUGAAGGCUCUUUGGAAAAGUGAUUGGACCCAUUUGAAUUGUGCGCUUACUGCCAGUGAUGUAAAUGUGCCUGUUUGUAUUUUAAAAUUUAACUGUGUAGCCUUAUCACACCUCUUAAAAGCUGACCUUUUUGUGCUCUUCAGGGCUUUCCCUGUGCCACGCUCUCUCGGGCUUGUGUGGCUCCUCGCUCAGAGCUUCUGCGGAGGCCGGGCCUCACGCCGCCAUGUGGCUCCUUGGACGAGAAACCUUUCUCAGAAGUCCUCCCACCUCGGUGGGUGAUAGAACAGUUUGUGGCAACACAAAUCUCUCUCCAUGGUGGAGAAACCUUUGCUAAUCCACUGUAUUCUACUCAGUGUAUAGUGAUGACAAAUGUAACAGAAUUAAACCAGUCAAGUGUACUGGCCCUGGUUGAGUGUUAAAUGUGUAUCUCACCUGUGGAACCUACUCAGCAGCCUGGUUUCUGGGGUUGGGAACAUACUUAUUUCUUAAAGCCAAACCUCUCCUUCAUUGGUUUAGUGUACAUGCGUCUAUUUAGAUUUACUAACCCCACUUCAACCUCCCCCUCCCCUAACCUCUCUCACGUCCCCUCUGUUGCUGAAGUGGCCUCUUCCCUCAGGCCCUGGAAAAGAGCAUGAACCGUCUGUUCCUGCAGCCGGGGCAUGGGUCGCCGUGACCGCAGUGCAGCCACAGGAGGCGCCCACAGCAUGGGGAGAGGUGGGCGCGGGGCAGUGUCAUGCUGUGGCCCAGGUCCCUGCUCGCUGCCUGGAUGCAGCACCUCCCCCUCAGGUCAGAGUGUGCUGGACUCCAGACCGCCCUCCGCACGUUGGCUGUGCUAUAAUCAUUUGCCAUUAAAACCUAGUGUGUAUGAUGCCGAGAGGAUUAAUUGUGCAAGUGACUGAUUUCAUUUAAAUUGUAAUCACAUCCCUUUUCUGCUUCACCAACCUGAACUGUUUUAUGGAAAGUAUCAUUAAAAGUCUGGUCUCUUUC